AUGGCUUUGCUAAGAAGUUUUUAUCUUUUUAAAAUCCUGGCCUUGUUGUUAGUUUUCAGUGUGCUGUCCGCUGAUGACUCUAAAACGCCAGAAGCGCGCGUAAUUACAGAUAUGUCCAAGCAAACCACAUGGAAUGACGCGCUCCAGGUCCGAGAUGAUGGGCGUCAUGUAGUGCGCAAAAAUGCGCCGCGCUUUAUGAUGGAGCUGUACGAGGAACAUCUCAGAAACCCUUCGAUUUUGCAGGGGAAUAUCGUGAGGAGCUUUGCAGCAAAAUCUAAUGGCUCGCUUCUCCUUUUUAACCUGACAUCAUUUGGCUACCAAGAGAUCAUCACAAAAGCAGAAAUUCGGUGGUUUCGGCGCGCGCGCGCGGUUUUAUCCGGACAUCACUUUUACAGAGUGGAUUUGUAUGAAGUGCUGAACAGCAAAGUGGAACCCUGGCGAGGAAACCUGAUCCUGUCACGUUUACUGUCUGUGUACACUGAAGGAUGGGAAGUGUUUAACAUCACACAGACGGUCACCAACUGGAUUCUCAACGGCAUCACAAAUAAUGGCAUCCUGGUUGUUUCAACUUUAACUUCGGGACACUGGUUGAAGAUGUAUGUACAAAGUGCGAGAGAAACAGGGUAUGAGGAAAAUACCCAAAAUGCCUAUUUGGUUGUCUUCUCAAACGAUGGUCGAAGCAGAAGCUCUGAGUGGGAAGGCCAUGCUGCGUACCAGACAACCUUCAACCAAUAA